AUGGAUGGGAGGAAUCGUGAAAGGGCUUGCCGGCAGGCUUUAGUUUCAAGGGCCACAGCUUUGGGACUGUUUUGGAGGGUAGCCGCGUUGGUCUGCAGAGGAACAGUGGGAUUCGAGUUAGGAAGGACCUUUGAGACCAACGGGAUUUUUGAGGAAAAGAAAGCCGUCAGCUACCUGAGCAGAUAUACCCACACAGACAGUGUUGUGGGAGGCGGACAGUACAUCUACCUAGCCAAAAAGAUUGAAUGCCAGCAUCUCAAUGAGCUGCGUAAUUGGGAAUUCCCUCUGCCCGAGAAGCUGGUGCCUCCGGAAGAGCCGCAGAUUCCCAGUUCGGACCCAUCUGGCAGGGCGAAGAGGGAAGUCGAAUUGCCAAAAGACCAGAAGACCAAUGAGAAGCCAGAACCCGUGCCAGAGGCUGGCGCGAAGCAGAAGGGGAGCGCGGCCCAGGCAAAGGUCCCUUCCUCUGUGGAGGAGGUGAAAGCUGAAGGGAAGAAGCAAGACUCUCCGAGGAAGGGGAAGAAAGAGCUGUCGGCGAUGAUGACGACGUGGGAUGACGGUCCGUACGUCCUCAUUCUCAAGAUCGAAGGGAACCCCUCGACUUGGAAGCUGAAGUUUGACGUGGAGAUGAAGCACCCAGAACACCUCUACAUCUCAGCCUCGGAGUGGCCCCUUAUGGUGUUCUACAUGGUGAUGUGUAUCGUCUACGUCCUUUACGGGGUCCUUUGGCUGGUCCUCCUGGCCUGCUACUGGCGGGACAUCUUGCGCAUCCAGUUCUGGAUCGGCGGCGUCAUUUUCUUGGGCAUGCUGGAGAAGGCCGUCUUCUAUGCCGAGUUCCAGAGCAUCCAGAGCCACGGAGUGUCGGUCCAAGGGGCAGUGAUAUUUGCAGAGAUCCUCUGUGCUGUGAAACGGAUGUUGGCCCGAGUCCUCGUCAUCAUUGCCAGCUUGGGAUACGGCAUUGUCAAGCCCCGACUGGGUGCUCUCCUGAACCGCGUGGUGGGCGUCGGCCUGAUGUACCUGCUCUUCUCCAUCAUCGAGGGUGUCCUACGGGUGAAAUCGGCACAAGAUGACUUGGUAUUGCUGGCUGCCAUCCCCCUGGCUAUGCUUGACUCUGCCCUCUGCUGGUGGAUCCUGAUCAGCCUGGUGCAGACUAUGAAGCUGCUGAAACUCCGUCGAAACCUGGUGAAACUCUCCUUGUACCGCCACUUUACCAACACGCUCAUCUUCGCUGUCAUCGCCUCCAUUAUCUUCAUUAUCUGGACCACCAAGACUUUCCGGCUCGCCACUUGCCAGUCGGACUGGCGGGAGCUCUGGAUCGACGAUGCUUUCUGGCGUUUCCUCUUCUCCAUCAUCCUCUUAGUCAUCAUGUUCCUCUGGAGACCCUCGGCCAAUAACCAAAGAUAUGCCUUCAUGCCCUUGGUGGAUGAAGGCAGCGAGCCGGAAGACGAGGAGGAUGAGCAGAUGGUCAACAAGGCCUUUGGAAUGAAGAUGAGAGGCUCAAAGCCGGAAGCCAACGGGAUCCUCAAGGGGAGCCGAGUGGAUGAAGACUUGAAAUGGGUUGAAGAAAAUAUUCCCUCUUCCAUGGCUGAUGUUGUACUGCCCCCUUUGCUAGACUCUGAUGAGGAAAUAGUAACCACAAAGUUUGAAAUGUCCAAGAUGGAGUGAAGUCAAGACUGCUAACCGACAGUGCUCUCUUCCUGUUGGAUUUUGUGCGGAUAAAGAGUUGCAGAUGGUCAUUUUGUUCCUUUUUACACAUGCGUAUAUA